GGUUCGUCGUCUCCUCCGUGGGGUCUGACCUCUCCAUUCACGGCUGACAGAGGGAUGAUGCUGCCCACCGGUUGAUCUCCGGCGUAGGUAGCUCUGUCCCCGUUGGCCAUGGAUGCCCGGCCUCCGCUUCCUCCUCGAUUUGAGCAUACAAGUUUGCUCUUGUCUUCAUCCUUUGGAUUCGCCUGAAAUUUGGGCGGUCGGGUUGGUGUUUUGGAGUUGGUUGUUAUCAUCCGCAUAAGUUCCGCAAAUUGCGCGGCUGACAGAUUGAUGGGGCUGUUAUUGACGAUGGCUACGGUGUUGUUUGAGUCGGUUUCGGUUCUGUCGGUUUCUGACAUUGUUUGUUGCUGGUUUUUGCAGGUUUACAAAGGUCGGGAAAGGUAUUUUCGAGACAAUGAUGAUAAUUUUCUGAGUCCCAAGCAAGACCAAACCUGCUCUGAUACCAUCUUAAAGGUAAUCGAGAGAGGCGGAAUUCCUCUUGCUAGGCAUUGGGAACACAAAGGAUUUAGGAGUAGAGAAGGUGGAUCCGCAGAUCGUGUAUUACACCAGCUAUUUGUCACCGUUAGCCCAAAACUGUGUCGUGCUGUUAAAAAAUAUGUAGCUCAGAUGAAAAGCAUUGCUACUGAAAACAAAUGAUGUGAAUCCAUGUAUUCACAAUCAUAGAAUACAACGAUGUCGAGGGCCUUGGGUUGAUUGGGGCCCGAAAAGAGGGAGGAGACAUGACAAGGAGUCAAGCCGA